GAGGGGUCAAACAACCACUUAUAAGGAGAGCCGAGACUUGGAAAGGACGGAACAUUUCAAACCUCGUCGUGCAUGCUAAGGAGGACUAUCGUUUUGGCAAAAUUAUAGGCUAGCCUACAGAUCGGCAGUAUUUUAUUUGAACUUUCCUUUGACCCUUAACGGACUUCGCCCUGAUUCAACGCCAACAUUUUAUUAUUAUUAUUAUUAUUAUUGUUAUUAUUAGGCUAUUAUUAUUAUUAUUAUUAUUAAUAAUAAUAAUAUUACGGUUAUUUUUGAAAUUGAUGGUGCCAUGGGUACGGUGUUGCCCGCGGAAUCUCUGGCACUGAUGUCUGCAUUUAAAGCGCCAGGUAUUUCACUCUCCGAAACCAUUACGUCAGAUAUUCUGCACAGCUUCCUGUACGGCCGCUGGAGGAACCUGCUGGGGGAACACUUCGAGUUAAAACGCGACGCCGCCAGUCCCAAAACCGCCUUCACCGCGGAGGUCCUCGCGCAGCCUUUCCCAGGAGAAGUGCAGAAGCUCUCGAGCCUGGUCCUGCCCAGCGAGGUGAUCAUCGCGCAGAGCUCCAUCCCCGGCGAGGGACUCGGGAUAUUCUCCAAGACCUGGAUCAAGGCCGGCACGGAGAUGGGACCUUUCACGGGCAGAGUCAUAUCCCCCCAGCACGUGGACCUCUUCAGGAACAACAACCUAAUGUGGGAGGUGUUCAACUCGGACGGAACCGUGCGCUACUUCAUCGACGCGAGCCAGGCGGAUCACCGCAGCUGGAUGACCUACAUUAAAUGCGCGCGCACCGAGCAGGAGCAGAACCUGGAAGUGGUGCAGAUCGGCAGUAGCAUCUUCUACAAAGCAGUGGAGACUAUCCCCCCAGACCAGGAGCUCCUGGUGUGGUAUGGGAACUCUUACAACACUUUCCUGGGGAUCCCGGGAGUGCCUGCAACCAAGGAGGAGCAGCAGAAGAAGAACAGGAGCGAUGACUCCCAUUUGAGGGACGGCUGUCCAUCUUCCUCGCCCUCCUCCUCCUCCUCGUCCUCGUCCUCGCCCUCCUCCUCCUCCUCCUCGUCCUCGUCGGCCCCCGCCGCGCGGAUGCGCUGCGUCAUCUGCCGCCGCGGCUUCAACUCGCGCAGCAACCUGCGCUCGCACAUGCGCAUCCACACACUGGACAAGCCCUUCUGCUGCCGCUACUGCGAGCGCCGCUUCAGCCAGUCCUCCACGCUGCGCAACCACGUGCGCCUGCACACGGGCGAGCGGCCCUACCGCUGCCACGCCUGCCACAGCGCCUACUCCCAGCUGGCCGGGCUGCGCGCGCACCAGAAGAGCGCCCGCCACCAGCCGGGGGUCGCCGCCGCCGCCGCCGCUACAUAG